GCCGAACGGAGAGCGGGGAUCGCGAGCCCCGGCCAGAGCGAGCGCACGCGGCCGCCGCCGAGUCGGCACCUGGAGGACAUGGAGGAAAGGCCGGCAGAGACCAACGCCAAUGUGGACGACUCGGCGCCCCCCUCGGUGGCCCAGCUGGCUGGGCGAUUCAGGGAGCAGGCAGCCGCUGCAAAGGAGAAGUCACCGCCCAAUGCAAACCACCCUCCUAAAGUCAAGGUGAAGAGCUCGCCUCUGAUCGAGAAGCUCCAGGCCAAUUUAGUCUUUGAUCCAGCGGCCCUGCUGCCUGGGGCCUCACCCAAGAGUCCCGGACUCAAGGCCAUGGUGUCACCGUUUCACAGCCCGCCUUCUACCCCCAGCAGCCCUGGCGUGCGGUCUCGGGCCAGCGAGCCAGAGGAGGUGCCCGUCAGCUUUGACCAGCCUCCUGAAGGCAGUCAUCUGCCCUCUUACAAUAAGGUGCGGACAAGGGGCUCCAUAAAAAGGCGCCCUCCCUCCAGGCGAUUCCGAAGGUCCCAGUCGGAGGACUGUGCGGACCUGGGGGAGCUCAGGGCCAUGGAGUCCUCCCAGGAGAAUGGUGCCAAGGAAGAGAAUGGGGACGAGGUGUUCCUAGCUAAGAGCAAGACCCCAGGAUCCCCUCCUCUGAGGAGGACGCCCAGCAGGACAGAGAAGCAGGAGGAGAAGGGCAGGGCCUUGAGGGUAGCCCAGCAGCACGAGAAGGCCGUGGGGAGCUCCGAGGAGGGGGCCAGCCAGCGUCCAGCCCGAGCCUCCAGCCCAGAGGCAGAGGACGGGGGUGGGAGCCCCACGGAGGAGAAACCGGCUGAGGAGCAGACGGCAGAGCCUGCGGAGGUGAAGGAGAGGGCGGCCGGUGAAGAGGCGGAGCCCGGACAAAGGAGCCGAGACACAAAGGGGCUGGAGGAGGGAGCUGUGGGGGAGGAGACCCCCCAAAACCCCCCUGGAGGAGGCGAGGGCGACCACAGUCCUGAGCAGGGGCCUGGCAAGGAAAAGCACGAUGAGGGGACCAUCCUCGAGCCAGGCUGUGACCCUGGCACUGGCCACGCCCAGCCGGACGCUAGCAGUGAGGUCCCCAAGACGGAGGAUAAUACCCCUGUCCAGGGCACUAAAAUGUGAAGAAGAUCUCAUUGUGCCUAGUGAUGAAGCUGCUGGAGCCGUGUCCUUGAAGUAGCAGCAAUGAUCGUAGCGGCAACAAAGGAAGCCAUCGCAGGAGCAGGAUGGGCUGAGGGUCUGGAGUCAGCCUGAGGACACAGGGUGCAAUUUCCCGACCUCCACACCAUCGUAGACAGAGAUUGGAUCUGAGGGCAGCAGACUUUUAUCAACUUGAUCAAAGUUGUGUCACUUGAUGGACUUGGUUUAAAAAAAAAACAAAAAAACUUAUUUAAAACAAUUUACUAUGGUGACAACUCCCCAGGGAUACUGGUCAAACUGUGGGGCCCAUAUACUGUCCACACCCACCUAACCCUAUAGCUGACCUCAGGACUGGACUGGGAUAUACCUAUUCGGCUUGUGUUUGUGUAAGGUGAUAGCCUUUUUAUUGUUCUUAAGUUUUCAUGAUUCUCAAGUGUAAGUAAAAACUCAUUGCAAGUAGCUAGAAACAAAGUAGUAUCACUGGAAAUAUAAAUCCUGUAAGUUACAGAAGACCUUAAAUUGUAUGGAGACCCUGAGACAACCUUUCAGCUUGGUCCAAAUUUGACUGGCCAACCAAUUUUGAAAACAUUGGACGAGAAGAGAUAAUUAUUGAAACAUUAAAAAAUAUGUGUCUGUUCCAGCAACAGGAGCUUUUCCAUCAGGUAAUUCUCUAGCUGGGGAUACACUGGGAGGCGACAGCUCAGCUCACCUGCUUCUGCCAGGGGGACAGCAGGCAGAGGCAGGCAGCAACUCCUUUGGAGAGGCAGGAUGUCUCUGUGCUGCAUUUCCUCAUCCUGAAAGCAGAGCGGUGACCCCUGGACAAUGCCUGCCCUCUGGUUUAUCCUGGGAGAAUGAAGUUUGUGCUUCCAGAGGGGGAGCCUCGAGCAUGGAUUAGAUAUCUCCUGCGAAGUGCUUUGAGCAUCGUGAUGUGCAAGCUACAUAAUAAGAACAUCCUUCCUGGCUUCCCUGACUUGAAUGGAAACCCAGGCUCUCCUCCCCGACUCAGGAGGGGUGGGUGGGUCUUCUGUCUGUUCCUCCUGGGUAGCUCUUGCUUUAUCGGUCUGUUUGGAGAGUGCAUGCGGCUUCGCCGGAGACAGGGGGCCUGACGACCCCUUCCUUGAAAUAUCCUCUCCCCUCUUCCCACACUCCUGCUGAAAGAUGCUCAUCCAAAUAAAUGUUUAAUCUUAAGGGUUGGCCCUUAUUCAGAUUUGAGUAUUUCCGUAUCUCAACAUGCUGAUUUGGUAGUUGGAGCAGUCAUUUUUUCUGGAGGUCUCUUAGACCACACUCUACUCUGACUUCAGAAAGUAGUUUCCCAGACUAAAAGGCCUUAUCUCACUGCUGGUACCUCAGUUUAUCACCCCAUUUACAGUUUUUCGAACUCCAGGAUAGUGUUAAUAUUUGGGAUAUAUAUUUUUUCAAAAACUAUUUUUAAAUCAAAUGCAGCUUCUAAACCUUGUAAUCUA